UUAAUUUAAACGCUAGAAAUUUCCAUGAAGCUAAGAUGAAGGUUCUCAGAAGCCAACGGUUUACGUUAUAAAAGCAACUCUUCUUCAUUCUCAACACAUUCACAACAAAAAACCACAUCACACUUCAACAAUGACUGCACCACCACCGCUCCUCCCCGUCACUUCUUCCGUUGACUUUAACGCGCCACCCAUUCGCGUGAACCCGCUCUACAUUCUAGCUUUCCUCGCCACCACAAUCAGCACCUCCUUCAUAACCUACCUCGCCUACACCCACAACGACAACCCCAUGCUCCUCUUCACCUCCUUCAUCUACGUCCUUUACUUCUCCGUCGACUUCUUCCCUCUCCCCCCCGCUCCCUCGGCGCGUGCCUCCCACGUCAGGCUCUUCCUCUGGGCGGUGCUCAGCGCCGCCAUGUUCGCAUUCGCCUGUUCGUUCUCGCUCGUUUUAACGCUCCCUGAGAGCAUGUGCUUCUUCGGGGUGGUGCUCGGUGGCAGCGCGUUGCUGCUGAGCGCGUGGAGCGGCGACAGUAAAUUUGUCGCGAAAAAGGAACAGUACUCCGACAUGGUGCAGUCUUUUGGUCCCAUAAUGUUGAUGUUUUUCGGUUUGGGAAGACGCUAUGUGACGAUUCAACUUAUUCUCCACGCCGCCAUCAUGAACACCAGGAAGCUCGUUGGACCAACAACAACAGUGUAUAUCAAUGCUCAGAUUUCAAGUUCUUCCUUUCGUUUCUCUUCUUAAAACUUCUUAUAAACUUUUCAUCACUCAUUCAAUUAAGUUCUUCACAAGUUUCAUAAAUCAAAUCUUAAAAUAUAAAAAAUUAUGACACAUUUACAUUCUGGAAAUUUGAGUAAGAUUUCUGUAAGAGAUGUUCAUCUCAAAUUUAGUAUUUGAGUGAGAAAAGAAAAAUAGUGUUUUGAAUAUAAGAAAUUAAUAAAAAAAAUAUUUGAAGUAU